AUGGAAAAUAAAAAACUGAAAGCACAAAUAAUUAAUUUGUCAUCAUCAUCACCAACAUCCCAACAAACAAGCUUACAUAGUACAUCAAUCGUAUCACCAUCAAAAUUUUUUUUCCAAAAUGUUAGUCUCAAUGCUAAACGUCGUGCUACAGCACGUAUGAUGGUGCAAAAAGAGAAUUUACCUUCAGAUGGUAUCGUAAAUAUUCGAAAUAAAUUUGGUAUAAAUCUAUCGAAUCAAAAUUUACCCACAACAAAAACAACAACUUUAUCAAAAGAAUUGGAUGAAGCUAUCGAACAAUUUCUAAAUAAUGAUAAGAUCAUACGAUUGGCACUAGAUAAAAAAAGAAUUAUUGAUGAAAAACAAGCACGAUAUUUGUAA